AUGACACAAAGAAGAUCAAGAAAACCAAUUAUAUUUGAUAUGAAUUCAAAUAAUAAUGAUGAUGAUGAUGAGGAAAAACAUUGGUAUCAUAUACGUUCAUCAUCACCACCACCUUCAUCUUUCAGCAUUAAUAAUAAUUUUUCUCAUCAAUUGUCGCCGGCAACGAUAGGCUCAUGGGGCUUUGACGUUAAUCGCUCAACAAAUGGGCAGACACUAUUAUCAUUUACAUCAAACAAUAAUAACAACAACAAUGAUCAACAUAAAAUAACAAACGAUUAUAAUGAACAUCUUGUUGAUAUGUCAUCAUCAUUAUCUUCUCAAAAUUUUCAAUUACGUACACCAACAUUAACUAAACAUCGAAAUGGAAAUGAAUUUGCUGCUGUUGAUCGUCUUGUACUUGGACCAAGUCGUACAAUAAAAUCAAAUUAUUAUCCAUCGGAUGAUUCAUAUCCACAACAAAUGAUAUCAACAAAUCAAUCUCGAAUAAAUUCAAAUAAUGAUAGAAAAAAACAAGCAGAACAAGAACUUAUAGCUUGGCAAAAUCGUAUGUUAGAAAGAGAUCAACGAAUUGCUUGUCAAUCACCAAAAUUAAUCAAUAAAAGAAAUAGAUUUAAUUCUUCACAAUCAUCCAAUCGUCAAAUACCUUCAUCAAUUCGACCAAUAUCUAUUAUGUCAAAUAUGAGUGAAAAUCUAUAUUUUGAACAUGAUCAUCAUGAAUCAACAAUAAAAUCAGCACGUGUUAUUAAACGAUAUAUUGAAUUACUUUAUCAUUUACAAACAUAUUAUGAACGUAUAACUGAUCAAUUAUUUAAUGGAAAUAAUUUUUUGAGAACAACUCAAUCAUCUCAAUCAAUAUUUAUAAAUCAUUGUCGAAAAUUUUCUGAACAAUUAUAUAAUUUAAAACCAAUUUGGGAAGAAAAAUUAGCAUAUCUUCAAAAUUUACUUAAAGAUAUAUCAUCUUUUGAAUGGUCAACAAUAAAAAGUGAGACAACAUUUUUACAACGUCGUUCAACUUUAAUUAAUUUAAUACAAACAUUAAAUACACAAAAAAAUCUUGAUGAUACUGAUUUAUCUUUACGUACUGAUAUUGAUCGAGUAUUGUAUGAUGAUAAAUUAGCUAUUCAACUUCAAGAUGAACUUUCAACAUUACUUCAACAUCAAUCUUUAUUAAAUGAUUUAACAUCAUUACUUCAAUGGAAUCGUCAAAUCUAUUCACAAAAUGAACAAAAUCGUGUUGAAAAUGUUUUACCUUUAUUACGUGAACAAAUUACAACAACUGAUAGUUAUAUAUCACAUGUUAGUCAGCAAUUAACUGAAUUGGUAAUGAAUUUACGUUCAUUAGAAAAAUAUAUUUUAUCUUAUACAAAUACAAUACCAUUGAUUGAUGAUGGAAUGAUAUCUUCACAAGAUAUGUCAUUAAAUCGUAAUCAUUGGCGUCCAUAUGAUGAAAAUGAUUUAGAUUCGAUGAGAACAAGAGAAUCUCGUUUACAAGAAUAUGAUCGAAAUGGAAGUAUAAAUGAUCUAUCAAAAACAAGAUCUGCUUCAAUGUCUCGUAUUACUAAUUCUGACGAAUUAAAUUAUCAUUUUAGUCGUGAUGAUCUACGAAUAUUAACAAAGAAAAGCAAUAUACAUGUAAAUGAAAAUAAUAGUAAUAAUAAUGGUACAUUAACACGUCUUGCAACAGUUAAAUCUGCUAAACGUGAUAAUAAAAUUCAACCAAAUAGUAUCCUUAAGGCAUCAUAUCCUUCUAUAUCAUCGUCGAAUGAAAGAAAAAAAACUUUUGAUCUUAGUACAGAAAUAUCUAAACCAAAUAGAACUAACAUAUGUAAUCGAUUAAUUGAUUGUGAUAAUGAUGAUCAAGUAUUAACAAUUAAAAUGAAGAAAAAAGACGAGCUUCGAAAAACGCAUUCAAAACAAAAUAUGCAAACAAUAAAUGAUCAUAUUCGAUCACAUUAUAAUCAUAGAAUAUUUGACAAAGAACAUGAUAGAGCUUUGAAUUUACAAUCAAGACUUGUCGAAGAAGCAAAAGAGAAAAAUCGUCAAGUUGCAACAAAACAUUCGUUACAUAAAUCAUAUCAACAACGAUGGAUCUGUUCUAAUUCAUAA